GUCUUUGGUUCUUCAAAACACCAGUGCCACACAAUCUGACAGUGCACCGCUUGGUCGAGGUCAGCGUAUCAAGAAACCGUCUGUUCUAUUGAGGGAUUUUGUUACACAUCAUAUCUGCCCGAUAAGCCCAUCCCCGCGGUUGUCUUCCUCUCCUGUCAGCUCCUCAGUAUGUGAGCCAUGCUCCUUUAAGGAAGCAAUGACCGAUGCUGGUUGGCAUGAAGCCAUGCAGAAUGAAAUUCGGGCUCUUGAAAAUAACCACACUUGGGUUAUGGAGUCACUUCCGCCAGGUAAAAAGGAACUUGGGUGCAAAUGGGUAUACAAAAUUAAAUACCAUUCCGAUGGCACUAUCGAACGCCUCAAAGCUCGUCUUAUUGUCUUCGGUAAUCACCAGCAAGAGGGCAUUGAUUACACUGAGACGUUUGCUCCAGUAGUCAAAAUGGUUACUGUGAGGUUAUUUUUAGAUGUGGCGGUGAUUAAAAACUGGGAGCUACAUCAUAUGGAUGUUCAUAAUGCUUUUCUUCAUGGUAACUUACAGGAGGAAGUCUAUAUGAAACCUCCUUCGGGCUUUCUUUCUUCUCGGCCGGGACAGGUGUGCCGGUUGCGGAAAUCUUUGUAUGGAUUACGUUAGGCUCCUCGUUGUUGGUUUGCUAAAUUGGCUUCUGCUUUGAAAACUUAUGGGUUUCGGAAAUCUUAUUCUGAUUACUCACUUUUCAUGUUUUGUCGGGGAUCUGUCUAGUUAUAUGUUCUUGUUUAUGUGGAUGAUUUGAUUAUUGGCGCGCAGGAAUGAUUCUUUGCCUAUCUCUCAGUUUAAAUCAUAUUUGCAUAUAUGUUUUCAUAUGAAGGAUCUUGGUUUGCUGAAAUAUGUUCUUGGAAUCGAGGUGGCUCGCUGCGCUGAUGGAAUAUUUCUCUGCCAGCGUAAAUACAUUUUGGAUAUCAUCUCUGAAACUGGUCUUCUCAGGGCUAAACCCGCCACUUUUCCUAUAGAACAAAAUCACACCUUAGCUCUAUCUCAGAGUGAUGUUUUUAGUGAUCCGGAGUCUUAUAGACGUCUUGUGGGACGAUUAAUCUAUCUUUCAUUUGC